AUGGGCCGGGUGUGGCAAGCAUGGAGAUAUGCAUUGAGUAGCGUCGACUAAACAUUUUAGAAAGGGAUGGACUCACCUUUUGAAAUACAUACUUUCUCCGGGUGUUUCAGAAUUGCGUGCUCUGUGUCAGGGCUGUAUCACGAUCGACGCUGCAGGGUGGGAGUGGGCAUGGGACCGAGUAAACAUCGCACUUACAGUUUUUUCCCCCCCCAGGAAGAGGAUCUGGUCAUUGACCACAGGAAUGACCAUGCGUCUUCAUAGAUAUUGUUUGUUUGGGACUACGAUAGUUGCAUACUGUGCCGACACAGCUAAGAAGAAGGGGAAUAAGAAGGUGAAGACCCUAUCUCUGACUGACUUCCUUGCUGAUGACAAGGGGGGCAACGCACCCACAAGUUACGCUCCCACCAAGCCCACUAGCAGCUGGGCAGACGAGACAGAUGACCUGGAAACAGAGGUGUCCACCUCCUGGCAUACAGAGGAGGAUAUGUACAGGGCCCCGGCCAUCGACCGCUCCAUCCUGCCCACAGCACCCCGUUCAGCCCGGGAGCCAAACGUUGACCGCGCCCGUAUCCCCCGUGGUCCCCCUUACACCGCCUUCCUGGGCAACUUGCCCUACGACGUCACUGAGGACUCAAUCAAGGACUUCUUCAGGGGUGUGGGGAUCAGUGCAGUGCGUCUUCCUAGAGAGCCCAGUAACCCAGAGAGGCUGAAGGGCUUUGGCUAUGCUGAGUUUGAUGAUGUGGAAUCCCUCCUGAGUGCCUUGAGUCUAAACGAAGAGAACUUGGGAAAUAGAAGAAUCCGUGUGGACAUUGCAGACCAGUCUAAUGACAAAGGGAGGGARAAUCACUCCAUGGGUGGCCGGGACAGGGACCGCGGGGGAGACUUUGGCCCAGACAAGACAGACUGUGAUGACUGGAGGGCUCCUCGGCCCAGUGGAGGAGAGAGUGACGACGGGCCGCCUCGGAGAGACGAUGCCUUUGGAGACCGGUCACGGGACCGCUACGAGUCAGACAGGCCCAGAGGAGAUGAUCGCUACGGAGGGGGCCAGGACAGGUUCAGGGAUCGCUAUGAUGACCGGGAUCGCAGAGAUGACAGAGGAGGUGGUUUUGGUGGCAGUGGUGGUGGUCGCAGGGCAUUUGGCACUGGUUACAGGCGCGAUGAGGGAGGACAGGAUAGCUACCGGCAGGAUAGCUACCGACGGGAUGACUACCGGGUUAGUGGGGAUCGUUAUGGUGACCGUGGUAGUGAUCGAUACGAGAGACGGGAGGAAAGCCGGGAUGACAGAGGUGCUGUCGAGAGGCCCAAGUUGAUCCUGAAGCCCCGUAGCGUACCCAAAGAGGUGGAGCAGAGCAACACCCUGUUUGCCCCCUCAGGCAGGGCUGCCUCCAUCUUCGGCGGGGCCAAGCCAGUGGACACAGCCGCCAAGGAGAGAGAGGUCGAGGAGAGGCUGAAGAGGGAACAGGAGAAACUGCAGCGACAGCUAGAGGACAGGAUCCCAGACCGCAAGCCCAGAGAGAGGCACCCCAGCUGGCGUAGUGAGGACCAACCUGCAGAACGCUCUCGGACUGGCAGCGAGUCUUCCCAACCAGGCAGCCAGUCUGGCAGAGCCUCCAAGCGCAGGGAGAGCGAGCGCUCGGUGGACAGUGGUCGUGAAGAGGAGCCCUCCUCCCCUGUGACCCUGCUCCCUCCCAGACAGGACGGGCAGGCCCUGAAGGUGGUGCUUGCCCCGCCCCCUAAGGAGAACGCCUGGGCCAAGAGGACCAUGCCCGUUGGGGGCUCCAGUGAGGGCUCGGCUGGGCUACCUGUCGCCCCCAGCAGUGACACAGCCCCACAGCUCACCAGCUCCUCAAGCUUAGCUGACGAUGAGGCAAAUAAAAAAGAGGUCGAGCUCAGCGAAUAAGUACAGUAUGCAGCCUUGCUAUAAUGGACGCAGACCCACAUGACAAUAUGGAGGACAAUGCAGACAGAGGUGGAAUGAAAGAAGUGAAGAUGUUUGAUGCCAAAAGAGUGAGAUCUCUGCUCUGCACCACAACCUGGCUGGAGCUGCACUACAGCUCCCUUCCUGCUAACCUGCUUCAAUAGAAACCCACCCACAGUGCUGACUGGCUGCACCUUCAGGACUGGACCUAAACAUAGAGAAAUAAUGACUGGUUUUAAGUAAAAGAGACUGGAGGUUGAAGUUUUAAUCAUUAUAACAAUUUUGAAAGGUGGGGGUUGGGAAAACAUGUAUUGCUACGGGCGUCGUCGCCACCCACCACCAGUCUAAAUGCUGGACUAUGUAAGCUGUCUGAGCUCUGUAAGCCUGGUUAUGCUAAUGAUGGAGCGCCUGUGUCCAAGAGGGACAGACAAGAGUUUUAAUCAAAGAAAACAGACAAAGUCUCCUUAUUUUAGGGGGCUUUGCUGACAUACCGUAACUUUUUAUUUGACUAUGAGGGAAGCAAUGUUUGUGUUCCUCUGAUCAUCAUGUAUAGCAGUCAUUAGCUGCUUCUUUCCAGGGUCUUUCCCAAUACACCGUCAAUGGCUCCCUGCUUCCUUCACAGAAAGGAACCGCUUCCUUGUCUCAUCCGCACCUGCCUGGAGGUCAACGCCAAGGCAACCAUGUCAUGGAAAAUCAUAUGAGCUGUGUGAUAAAUGUUUUGGAGGCAUGCUCUUCCCUCACUCUUAUCCAUGGGCCAAGUGUUGACUGGCAUUUAAUGCAGAGGAUGUUUCAGCAUUGUCGUAUGUAACCCCACUAUCACAUGUAACUGAAGAGGGAGAUCUCAUUAAAUGUUUCUGGAUGUUUC